UCUAAGUGCUGGGGUUCAUAGGGUUUGAAGGGGUUAGGUGUUAUUUUCUGAGCAAGAGGGGACUCCAAAAAGGGAGGCAAGCAGGAUUCACCAGGAGGCUCUGAGUGCAGUUUGGAUAUCACUGUUCCUGGGCAGACUUCCCACCCUCAAGCCUGGCCCUCUGACAGAACCCUGCACCCCAUCACUGCAGGAAGAGUUUGGAGCCUGUGUUGCUGAAUCCUGAAAACCAGCCAUUUCCAGGAACAGAAACUGAAAGCUGCUCUGGAAGCAGGUUCCUCCCUCUGGGGAGGCAGGCAGGGCUCCUGCCUACAAAUGAGGAGUGGAGCCCGGUCCAGAGUGGAGCAGAGUACAGAGUGGAGCCGCUUCCAGAGUGGACCAAGGUCCAGAGUGGAGCAGGGUCUGAGAGGAGCAGAGUACAGUGUGGAGCAGAGUACAAAGUGGAGCAGGGUCUGAGAGGAAGCCCAGGAGCUCAGGCUUCCCUUCAGCUGCUCCCCUCCUCUAUCGCUCUUCCCAGGAGGACCCCAGCCCUCCACUGCUCGACUGUCUCCUCCUGAACAUCCUGGGCCUGGAUUCCAGUUUUACAAGGCUUCUGAGCAGUUCCGGACCCCAAUCCGUGAUGGCAAUGUCUCCAUCCAAGGUUGCUCCAUUGCUCACCAACAUGGAAGAGACAGUUGGGUCUGUCGAAAAUAAAGAAUUUACAUGCUUCUCCGAUGCUAUACCCAUUCACAAAAACAGCAGUAUUUUAUCUGUAGAAGUGGUCAAGAAUAUUGAGGCUGCUGUGAAAGAUGGAAAGUUGGGAGAAGUGGUCUCCAUAGUCAAAGAUAUCAAUCAGGAAGUAUCAAGAAGCACAGUGAAAAUUGCCGUGACUGGGGACUCUGGCAAUGGCAUGUCAUCCUUCAUCAAUGCCCUUAGGCUCACUGGACAUAAAGAGGAGGAUUCAGCUCCCACUGAGGUGGUGAGGACCACCCAGAAGCCAACCUGUUACUUCUCCUCCAGCUUUCCCAAUGUGGACCUGUGGGACCUGCCUGGCACAGGGGUCACAGCCCAGAGCAUGGAGAACUACCUGGAGGAGAUGGAGUUUGACAAAUAUGACCUUAUCAUCAUCAUCGCUUCUGAGCAGUUCAGUUCAAACCAUGUGAGGCUGGCCAAAGCCAUGCAGAGGUUGAGAAAGAGGUUCUAUGUCGUCUGGACAAAGCUGGACAGGGACCUCGGUACAAGUGCCCACUCAGAACCCCAGCUACUGCGGAGUAUCCAGGAGAGUAUUCAGGAGAACCUCCAGAAGGAGGGGGUUAAGGUGCCACCCAUAUUUCUCGUAUCCAGCAUUGAUCCUUCAUCACAUGACUUCCUGAAGCUCAGAGACACACUGAAAAAAGACAUCUCCAGCAUCAGACAUGAUGGUCUCUUAGGAACCCUUUUCCAAAUCUGCGAGAAGACUAUUAAUGAGAAAGUAGAAUCCAUUAGUAGGAGCAUAGAUGAGGAUAAUCUAAAAGGUUUUGGAAUCUCAAAUCCAGAUAAUCUGGGAGAAUGUCAGAAGGUCUUCCAAGAAAUGUUUGGUGUGGAUGAGAGAUCUCUCCACCAGGUGGCUCUGAAUAUGAGCCAGCCUGAUGCUUGUUCCAGGGAUGCCAAGCCAUCCCAGGUUACACAGAGAGACCAACAAGAUGGCUGGACAGUGUCUGAGCUGUGUCGUUCCGGAACUCAAUAUGUGUUUACAAGUGUUUACUCCUUCACUUGCUGUUUUGACUCUCGCCGUCUUAGAUGCUUUCAACUGAAACAUAUGCUUGAUGAAGAUGCUAAGCAAACCAAGAAAAUUCUGUGGAAAAUCCUGAGAAAUAACAUUAUCCUUCCUCAGAAGGGCUAGACAACUGAGGUCCUCUCCCCAGCUCUGUCUACCCGAAGUUGAGCUUACCUGAGCUAUGGAUUCCAAGUUCCUUGAGGUUAAUGGUCCACCUUCCUUGAUGUGUGUACCCCUCAGGAAACUCCA